AUGGAGAUCCCGAAAACACACAAAGCCGUCGUAUAUGACAAACCGGGCGAAAUUUCCACUCGCAUCGUGGAGCUAGAUACUCCUGCUCCCGGCCCGGGCCAAAUUCUGGUCAAGAUUACUCAUUCUGGAGUAUGCCAUUCCGACCUCAGCCUCAUGACUAAUACGUGGAGUUGGCUUCCAGAGCCCGUGAAAAGCGGGCAGGUCGGUGGCCAUGAGGGUGUUGGCGUCGUGGCUCAGCUGGGGUCGUCGUGCGAGGCUUCGGGUGUCAACAUCGGUGACCGCGUGGGCAUCAAGUGGAUCGCGUCCGCUUGUGGGAACUGCAUGCCGUGCUUGGCCGGUGCCGACGGUAUUUGUUUGAACUCGGAGGUAUCCGGCUAUACGUGGCCCGGCACAUUCCAGGAAUACGUUCUGGCUCCCGCACAUUAUGUGACGCCGAUUCCAGAUGGACUGGCGAGCGAAGUCGCCGCCCCACUCCUCUGUGGCGGAGUUACGGUUUACUCAGCCCUAAAAAAAAGCAGGGCUCAGGCUGGGGAUUGGGUGGCCAUCGCUGGAGCCGGCGGUGGGCUGGGCCAUCUGGCAGUGCAACUCGGAGGCCGGGGAAUGGGAUUCAGAAUUGUUGGACUGGAUCUUGGGAACAAGGAAUCCUUCGUCAAGGAAUGUGGCGCUGAGGCCUUUGUCGACAUCACCAAGUAUUCUGCGGACGGCGGAAGCACGGGUAUUGCUGAUGAAAUAUUACGCGUCACUGGCGGUGCCGGCGCUGCAGCGGUCAUAAUAUGCAGCGCCAGUAACGCUGCAUAUUCUCAGGCUCUUUCCUAUUUGAGAUUCAAUGGCACGCUGGUUUGUGUGGGAGUUCCGGGCGAGGCGGAGCCAAUUGCGAACGCUUAUCCUCACUUGAUGGUCGGUAAGCAGUUAGCCAUCAUCGGAAGUAACGUGGGAAACCGUCGGGAAGCAAUGGAGACGCUUGCCAUGGCAAAGCGAGUAGCCACAACCCCUUUCCGUCUUGAAAAGGUACAGAAUAUAACUCGUGUCUUCGAGGAGAUGAAGGGCGGCAAGUUGCAAGGUCGGGUCGUCCUAGACCUACAGUCAUGUACUUAA